AUGAAUAAUCAGACAAAUCAACAAUCUCAAACGCAAUCCCAAUCUCAACAAAGAAUUAAUUUUGAUAUAACGGGUUGGGAAAAAAAAAGUAAACUAUCAACACAACAAUACCUUUUAAUCAAUAAUUUAAAUAAAUCCACACAAGAAAAACCAUUGCCACAAAAAUAUUUAGAAGAUAAAAUAAAUAAUGAUAUUAAAAAAGAAGAAAAUCAACAACUACAACAGCAACAACAACAGCAACAGCAACAACAGCAGCAACAACAAUCACCAAUAAUAGAAAAUUUUAUGGAUAACUUUAAUCCAAAAACAGAUAUAGAUAAUUUAUCAGAUUUUUAUCAAUGGUAUUCUAUAAUUGAUAAAAACAAUCCACAUUUACAUCAAUAUGAAUGGUUUUUAGAGACAAUUGUAAAUUAUUCAAAAGGAUCCAAUCAAUUAUUAUCAAUGGUUGAAAAUUGUGAUAAACUAGUGGAAAGUAUUCAAACUGAUUAUUCAAAUUUAACAAAGAAAACUAAUCAAUUAAAUGAAGAUUGUGAAAAGUUUUUCAAUGAAGAAUUAAAAUUAAGAUAUAUAGCUCAAUCAAUUCAUGAUAAACUUAAAUUUUAUAAUCAAUUAGAAAUUCAAACAAAGAAAUUUAAUACAACAAACUUUAAUGUCACUGAUUCAACCUUUCUUACUUCUUUAGAAAAUUUAGAAAAUAGUAUAAAUUUUAUGAAAUCAAAUUCAACAUUUAUGGAAUCAAAUAAAUAUUUAACACAAUAUGGAUUUAUAUUUUCAAGAGCACUUGGAUUAAUUAAAGAUUAUAUUUCAUCAAAUUUAAAAAUCCUAAGUAGAGAUAUUAUAAAUGCUCAAAAACAAUUAAAAACAUCAGUAUCAACACCAACAUCACCACAAUUACAAUCAUCAAGUGGUGGUUCACCUUUAAUAAAUGACUUUUCAAAUUCAACUGAUUUUAAUGAUUUAUUUCAACAUUCAAAUAUUAGAUUUAGAGCAUUUGCUCCAAAAUUAAGACCAUUAUGUUUAGAAUUAGAAAAAAGAGCAAUUGGACCAUAUUUAUCAUAUUUAUAUGAUACACAAAAUAUUUAUUUUAACAAUCGUAGAUCAAUAUUAUCAUUAAUAAUGUUUGAAAAACUUCAAUCAUUAUCAAAGAUGACUGAUAUAUCAUCUAUGAUAAGAUCAUCAAGUUUAUUUAUGAUUCAAUUCUAUGAAAAUGAAUAUCAAAUUUAUUCAAACUUUUUUUCACCACCAGAUUUAAAUAAUAAUAAUAAUAACAAUAAUAACAAUAAUAAUAAUGAUAAUAUAAAUAAUAGUACAAAUAUAAAUAAUAGUAAUAAUACAAACAAUAAUAAUCAAGAUAUUAUAAAUAAUUGUCCAGCAUUUUCAAAUAUAUUAGAUGAAUAUUCUCAACAACUUUAUGAUACAAUUAGACCAAUUUAUAUUCAUAUUCAUAGUUUUGAAACACUUUGUAAUUUAGCACAUUUAAUUAGAAAUGAAUUAAUUGAUGAUUUAGUUCAAAAAUCAAUGAAAUAUUCAAAUGGUUUCAAAAUGACAAUUGAGAGAAUGUUACAAGAUAUUCAAGAGAGAUUAAUUUUCAUUAUUCAAACUUAUAUUAGAGAUGAAAUUAGAUCCUAUCAUCCAAAUUCUGAUGAUUUAGAUUAUCCAAAUAAACUAAAAAUUUAUGUAACUGCUGAAUCUACUGCUGUUGAUGGUGAUGGUAAUGGUAGUGGUAAUUCAUCACCAACACUAUCAUAUAAAAGUAUUUAUUCAACUUGGUAUCCAACAUUAGAAAAAUCUUUAACUUGUCUUUCAAAAUUAUAUUUAGUUUUAGAAACAAGAAUUUUUGAAGGAUUAGCACAAGAAGUUGUUGAAGCAUGUACAUUCACUUUAAUUCAAGCAAGUAGAUUAUUAUUAAUUCAACAAAAGAAUGAUCCAUAUAUAAUUUUAGAUUCUCAAUUAUUUUUAAUUAAAAAUUUAUUAACAUUAAGAGAACAAAUUGCACCAUUUGAUAUAAACUUUGUUAUCAUUGAAAAAAUUGUUGAUUUCCCAAAUUUAAAACAUUCACUUUCAACACUUUAUAAUGUUGGUUCAUUUUUAACAUUGUCAACUAAUAACCCAAUCUUAUCAUUAUUAUCACCAAGAGUUACAAAUACAAGUAUUGAUUCAAAAAAAGAUUUAGAGAAAGAAUUAAAACAGUCUAUAGAGUCUUUUAUUUUAUCAAAUGCAAAUACAAUUAUUGACCCACUUUUAUCUUUAUUAACAAAAAUAUCAGUAUUUUUAAAUCAAUCAAAUAAGAAUCAAACUGAUCCAAUGUUAUUAUCGCAACAAUCAUUUGCAGAUCCACAAAGAAUUAAAGAGAUUAUUGAACAGGUUAAAGAAAAAGCAUCAAAUUAUCUACCCCAAGUAAUCGAUAGAAUGAAAUUAUACCUAUCAAUAUCUACUCAAAUACUUUUAAUGAAACCAAUUAGAACUAAUAUUAUUGAUAGUUUCGAUCAAAUUAACCAAUAUACAAAGAAAUACUAUACUGAAGAUCAAAUUAAAAUUAUUGAUUUACAAUCUUUAAAAUUAAUACUUGAUAAAAUAUUAACACCAUCUAAACAAUCUAAUAAUAAUAAUAAUAAUAAUAAUAAUAAUAAUAAUAAUAAUAAUAAUAAUAAUAAUAAUAAUAAUAAUAAUAAUAAUAAUAAUAAUAAUAAUAAUAAUAAUAAUAAUAAAAAUGAAAAUAAUGAAAAUGAAAAUGAAAAUAAUAGUAAUGUAAAUUCACCGUCCCCCCAACAAUUAUAA